AUGUGGAGAAAUAACAGUGAAAAUUUUAAUGAUGAGUUGUUCAUGGACGCGCUAUCAGACUGUUCUGAAGGCAACGAUAUGCAGAUAAGCGAUUAUGAAUCUAGCGAAAAUGAUAGUAUUGUUCGUCCCAUACGUCAAAAUAAUCGUCGAAUACUUCUGAGCGAAACGGAAGAUGAUGCUGUGAGUUCCACCUCUGACACGGAUGAAGACAGUAUUGUCAAUGAUGACGAUGAUUGGUCACAGAAUGAUAUAGAACUUCAGCUAGAAGCAUAUGGUCGAACUUCAAGCGUGAACACGCUACCUCAAGAUCAAGAAAACGUAUGCGAAAUAGUGCAGUUGUUUCUGGGUAAUGAUUUAUUUGAAUUAUUUGUAACAGAAACAAAUAGAUAUCACUCUCAGGUUGUAAACAGGUAUAAAGAAUAUAAAACACUGAGAUGGGUUGAUGUCACAUUGACAGAAAUGAAAAAGUUUCUGGGUUUAAUUAUCUUGAUGGGACAAACACGUAAAGAUGAUAUAUAUGACUAUUGGUCAACUUUUUCAUAUAUAGAAACCCCAAUUUUUCCAAAAAUAAUGAGUCGCAAUAGAUUUAUGCAAAUAUGGAGAAUGUGGCAUUUUUGCAAUAAUGAUCUAUUGUAUGACAAGACCGACAAAUUAUUCAAAAUUAGAGAAGUUUUAAAUUAUGUACAAAACAAAUUCCAAACUGUAUAUACGCCAAAGCAAGAAUUGUCACUGGAUGAAGGCAUAAUACCGUGGCGAGGCAGAUUAUCUUUUCGCACCUAUAAUCCCGCAAAACUUGUAAAAUACGGAAUUUUAGUGCUCUGCGAAGCAACAUCAGGAUAUAUUUGCAACUUCAAAGUAUAUUCAGGCACAGCAGGAAGAUUACAAGAUACGGUUUUAUCAAUUCUACGUCCUUAUAUGGGAUUCCAUCAUCACAUUUACAUGGAUAAUUAUUACAAUAGCGUCAAUACAGCCGAAUUACUGCUACAGAAUUCUACGAGAAUUUGUGGAACAAUAAGGUCAAAUAGAGGAUUGCCACAGAAUUUAAAGAACAUUAGAUUAAAUGAACAUGAAACGAAAUUUGCGAGAAAGGGACAAGUUCUUUUACACCUGUGGCAAGCAAAGAAAAACCGACUAGUAAGAACCAUUUCAACCAUUCACUCAGCAGAAAUGAUGAUCAUUCGAGGGUCAGCCAUUGCCUGCGUUCAAUCAUCGAUAUGCUACUCGAUGUCCAAGACCCAUGACGAGGACAUAGCAGGAUGA